AUGCCGUCAAACGACGUGAUACUUUUGGGGUACCGACCACGCAGCGACAUACAAGCAUCGGCGAAUAUACGACGGGCAGUUAGUGAAGAUUGUCUUCUCGAAUCCCGAGGAGACGGUGGAAGACCUGGUUUUUCAAUGCUUAAAUUAAGUAAGACAAGGAUUUCUGUUGGAGACAGUGUCACUGUGUAUUGGGAUAUCAGAGAGCAGUGUGGAGCUAAUGACUGGAUCGGUCUCUUUGAUUUAGGUAAGCUCUAUUUUCAUCUGCUUCACGGGAUUCAUAUCACGUUGCACCAUUGCAUACACCCGGUUUUAUCGAUCAAAAAUACAGUGUUUAUGAGCAAAUGUUUUUUUUCUUUUCGUUGCACCCUAGCUUUUGCUUCAUCAAACGUGCUUCAGUAUAAAGAGAUAGGGGUCGCCUUUGGACAGGCGUUGAAUUAUAAAAUCUAUCGUUACAUCUCGAAAGUUAAUUUCUUCAGCACACAAUUAAACACAGGGGCGAUCGAUCGAUCGAUCGAUCGAUUCCUCACAAAUAAUAUUGUUGCUAGCUAAAGAUGCGUUAUCAUCGAGGGAAUACUCUGUCAGCUGAAAGGAGAUUGUGUACCGUGUUAUGUCGACCCGACAGUUCUACAGUGUGGUUUCGUUCCGGGUGUAAGUACAGAUAAGGCAUUACGAGACAGAAAGUACAGUUGCACUAUAUGGAAAUUCUUUUAUAAUUGGUUUGAAACUUACAUCUUGUUUACGUCUUGGCAGUUGUAGCAUUGUGAAAACUAACCACACUAUUCUGGUAGAGGGAUUACUUUGUCAGAAAGUGCUAAAAUGUAAUGCGUGUCGAUAAGUUCUGUUGCGUCCAACGAUCUUAAAUAGGCGAAAUUCUGAAGGCAGGUGGGUAGAAAAUCACAAUAACCAUUUUAAAUGAGAAAGCGGUAGCAAUACCUUGUGAUAAUAUGCUAAUCGAGUUUCACCAUUAAAGUUAUAUUGUAUACAUUCUCGUGUCAAAAUUAUUUUGCAAUAGUCUAAGUUAAUGUGCUGUUUCAUUUAUACUUCACUGUAAUGCUAGACUUCAAAGUGCGAACUGUAAGUUACGUGCAAUUUACGAUUACUUGUAAUAUUCUAUUUUCAUUUGAAACGCAUUUUAUUGGCUUACUUCUCCUCGAGGUUGGUGGCUUUCAUAUUAAACUUAUAGCCGCGAAGUUUGAAGUAAAUGCACAUCUGGUCAAAUUAUCACACCGGGUAGAAGUUAUUUGAGAGGAAGCCUUGAAAUUUUCGCCGAACUUAGUAGUCGAAGUACUUUUGGAGAAGCCUUAUUUUUAUCACAGCUGGAACAAAAUGUAAUGUGUGCAGAGUUCUGAAACUAUGUGUGGCAGAUUGUUCAUUAAUUUUGUGGAUAUAAUGAGUGGCAGGUUACCUAUUCACAAGAGCAAAUAUAGGGAAUUGCUUUGAUCUUAAAGAAUAAUUAAACACAUGGAAAUAGUGUAACCAUUAAUAUUGUUUACUUUGUUUAUAAGAAGUCACUUGAUGAUGCCAUUGUGCUAAAAAGCGCGCUUUUCAAUUACAGAUGCCUCAUUUGCUAUGUUUUUGUCAACAGCGAAUUUUUUAGGAGUGCUUUGAAUUGAGAACAAGAAUGUUGUCGUUGAUAAUUAGGCCUACUUACGCCAAAAGGUAUCUGAUUGAAGAAAGCUGAUUUAGUGAAAGGUGAACAGUUAAACAUUUAAAAACCACAUCCUCUAAAAAGCAAAACAAUUAAUUUAUCGUUUUAAUUCAGGAAAAAUACUAACAUUUCUAAAGGUGUUUGACAAGCACUGUUUCUGAAGAGUUCUUCAUUGUGUUGACUAUUAUUUAAAAACUGGUCAAAAUGGAUUUUUUUUGUAGAAGAGAAAAGUAAUCCUUCUGUUUUGUAAUCUUGUUUAUUGUUCCUAGAUUUGUAGAUAUGUGAAAGUUCAGCAAUUUACUUCUGAUUCUUCCCUUAUCAAUGGCCAUUCAUUGUACAGUUGGCCAUGUGUUCUUUGGAUUUUAAUAGAUUAUGGGGAUAUAAUUCCUGCACAAAGAAAAUUUAAGCACAAAGUGAACAUAAAUAUAUACAUAGUUGACAAUUAUUGUCCUCAAAGUCAUUAAAAUAGGUAACUUCAGCUCGUAAGAUAUUUAUUCCUGAAUAAAAAUUUUAGCAAUUGAACGUUCCAGGUGUUAGGUUUUAAUGAAUGUUUGUGUUUCAACAUUUAUCUAGUUCUUGAAUGUAUACCUGUGUCAUAACAUGCUAUAACUUGAUUUUUUUUAAUUUUCUGCAUAUCGCAAGGAAAAAAAUCUUUCCCUAUGAAACUUUAAAAUUUUACAUGCGAGUAUAGAACAUUAUGUUUUUUGUCAAAUAUCAUUAAAUUUUUGAACAAUUGUUUUGAAUUAAUUUAGGUCAGCUGGAUAUGUUUCAAAAGGCAUCUUUGAUUGCAUUAUAAUUUUAGGGUUUCAGACUAGUGUCUAAACAAUGGCCUAUGGUCUAAAUGAAAAAGGAGAAUACUCCAUAAACAGUUUGAAUUCCCUCAAGAGAUUUUUUUCCACAAAUUGAUUUAAAAUCAAAUGUCUUACCUUAUUAAAAUUGUAAUACUGUUUCUAUACAUCUAAGAAUAACUCAUACAGCAAAUUCUCUGUUAUUGAAAGGUGAUUCAACACAACAUGUACCUUGAGAGAAUGCUUGUAAUUUGGUUUGACUUAUUGUUUAGACACAUUUUCAUUUAUCAAGAAAGCAUAUAAAGUGUAUAAUAAUCAAAUGGAUAGAUGUAAAAAUCUGUAAGAAGCUCCUUCUAAAUUUCUUUUUAAGAUGUUUAUUAAAACAAAAAAUAGAUUGAGCCAGAUUAAGUAAUAAAAAUAACUCCCAUGAAAUCUGAGGAAGUUUCAUUUUAUUCUUGUGACAAAGUGACAUUGUUUGACUAUCUGAGUGCAAGAAAUCACUAUUUAAAAUCUUCACCCUCUUAAAGUGAAUUAAUUAUUUCCAAAUUUCAAUAAACAUCUAAAAAUUUUGCCAAUAUAUCUUUGAGUGCUUUCCCUACUGUUGUGGUAAUGAAUUGAUGAUAUUUUUUCACCCACAAAAGAAAAAAAAGUUAAUUGGCGGCAGAUUGUGCAUGUUCAUAAAUUUAUUGUGUUUUGGAGGUUAACAAAAGAUAUUUUAGUAGUAAUAAACAUAAAAAUGAACCUUGAUUGCUUCUAUUUUUAUGGGUCACGCAAAAAAAUCAACGAAUCUCAUUGAAAGAAAUCAAGAUUGUAUGAUUAACUCUCACCAGGUUGGUAGAUUUUUGUGAAUGGAUUUGAUGAAAUCAAUGAAAUGAUAAAGUGCUUAAUGGACAGUUCUUCUUACAUAAGUUUGUAACUAUGUUUGGCUUUCAUGACAUCAAACUUUGUUAUUUUUAAACCUUCCAAGGACAAUGAUAUGCACGGUCACGUUAGUAAAAUAAAAGAACUGUGAAUUUCAAAAAUAUGUGUGGAAUGUUUAUUGUGUUAUAACCAACCAUACUGAGAAUAAAAAAAACACAAAACCACAGAAGCCUCUUGAGCCACUCUGGCUAGUCAUGCAAUCAAGGAAUACCACUGGCUGUUUUUGAUACACAGUUCAUCCUAUCGCACAAUCACAGACCUUGUGUUCUUUAACUGUACAAGAAGAAAUUGAGCUUUGUCAAAUUGAUUAGUAAAGUGGCUUGAAAAUCACUCACCUAUUUUCUUACAAUUGAGUUACUGUAGUGAAUAUAGCAAGCUAAUUAAAUCUGCAUGUUCGUCCAUUAAAUAUUGGUUUUUAUAAUAACAGACAAGUGAUGAAUUUUGUAUGAUAUCCAUGAGGAUGCUUAAUUCUGCCAUGUACGUGAUUUCUGUGUGACUGUGUAGUGAUGCAUUUUUUAUCAUAUUGAUCACUGACUGUUUUGUGUGGACUGAGGUAAAAUAUAUUUUUGUUUUGGGCCUGCAGGGCAAUUUGCAUACAAGUGGCUUCUUAAUCCAUGUGAAACCUUCACAGAAGCUUUUAAGAAAUGUUUUUAGAAUUCUUAAGAGGAUCUGUUUGCUUGAGAGGGUCUUGACUUGGAAGGAAAUGUAGCUUUUUCAGUUCCUGAAAUAAGGAAAAUACUUUCUGAAUCACCAACAGAACUUUCCUUACUUCUUUUCCAACUGGAAACUAUCUGAUUAAUUCGAGCACAACACACUAUCACACUGGGAUAUCAAAAUAUUUGUCUAAAACUCCUUAAUUAAUUGCACACAUUCUAUUCAUUUACUUUUUGGCGCAUAAGCCUUCACAUUGUUGCUUGAAAAAUAAAACCAAAAACUACAGAAAAGUGCUUUUUUAAUGACUAGACUGUUCUUUUCUUUCUUUUCCUUCAGUUUCUUUAUUUUCCAACGAAAAUCUGUUGGAAAUUGGGGAUUUUUUAAUGAAUCAUUAAGUCCCCAAAGUCUCGUUCCCUUCAAGGAGAUGUGUGCCGGGGAAACCAAACACCUCUUACUCCUUUACUCCUUCUCCACUAUUAAGCCCCUUGGGCUCCUGUUAAAUGUAUGGACUACGAGAAUGGGUACUUAUUCAAGGCCGGGUGCAUAUUAAGUUCCACCAUUUUUAACAAUCGUUACAUCUAUUUUGCAACAAAAGAGUAAUUACUAAUGAUGAAACAUGAAGAUCUACCAUAAAUGGUGAAUUUAGAGAUUGCAUGGAAGCCAGAAAAGAAAUGAUAAUCAAUACUUGUCUUAAUUACUUCAUUUUUUUAAGGGGGGGGAGGUCCAGAAUGCUAUUUCUGUAGCUCCUGACUUUUUCAAACAGAUAGCUAUGAGCUCAGCUGUUAUGUCAAAUGGCCAGGUUGCUAAGCAAGAGUUCAAAUUUUGACAUCAUAAUUGAAUUUUAAGCACAUUUGAAGACAUAUUUGGCCUCUGGCAGAUCAUGCAUGUAGCUCUGACCAUCCAGACCUUUUAACUAUUAAAUUCAUUGUCAGCUUUGUGAGGUAUAAAAAAAAAUUAUUGUCUCAUUGAAUUUCAGAUGGCCCCACAUCACUGUCAAACUAUUUGGACUCUAAGCAAAGAGGAGUAACUGGAGCCAAGAGAGGAGCUAUAAAAUGGGCCAUAAACAGAGAUGUAACACUUGGAGAAGGUACAUUGCAUUAUACAUGAACAAAACAUGAAUGUGCAAUUUAACAUUUUGUGUAAUGAUUACUGUUUCAUCUCCUCAUUACUGUUCUUAUGAGCUCUUUAUAUUAUAUGUACUUAUUGACUAAAUAGGGAGACUGAAUAGGAAAAUAUUUUUCUUGAGGCCAUGAUGUGCAGGCCAAUUGCAGCAAUGUGUGGGUGCCAAGAACAAUUAUUUUUCUGUCCAGCCUGAACUAAUUCAGGCAAUAAGCAUUUUUUUGUAUGACUGCUGCUUUGGCUUUUUCUUUCUUUCUACUUUUGGCAAGGCUGUAUGGCUUUUUCUGGCCCUACUCAUACCAUUGCACCCAUGGGGAUUUUUUCAGUAUGCAUGCAAUGUGCAAUAUGCAUGCAAUAAUACAGAUAUUGACUAUGACUAUGUGACCCAGCACCACAAACUACAUGACUGUAUGUUAAUUUGUGAAGUUUACUUUAAUCUGUUACUUACAGCUGCAUAUUAUCUUGUGUCAAGGUUAAUGAUUACUACACUUUAUCUUUAUUCCCCAGUGGAAAACAAGUGCAUUUUCAAGUACAUACAAGGCAGCACUAGCUCAGUGAAGGCCAUCAGUCCUACAAUUUAUAUUUUCAACCCUUAUGCUGCAGUAAGUGACAAGGAAAAUUUUCAGUUUGAAAUCAUGGGUGAAAUGUACAAGAAACUAAACAUGACUAGCUAUAAUUCUGGUGUUAUGUUUUUUUCCAAAGCUUACUUCACCUCAUGGCAGGCCACGCCUUGGGUCUUUAGUACCAGAAGAGACCCUCUUGGAAUUUUCUAUUGCAGGUAAAUACAAUAAAUUAUGUAUUUGUGAUACUUGAUAAGAAAUAUGCAAUUAGUUAUUUGCUAUCAAAUAUUCAAACCCUGUAUUUGCAAAGUUUUUAGGUUCAAGAUCUGAGCUUUCUCUAAGAACAAUGCCAAUCUUUACUUUUGUUAUCUUAACCCGAAAAAAUAUAAUAAUGAAGGAUUUAGUUCAGUAUUAGGCUUCACCUCAGGAGACUUUUUCUUUUGUGGAUUAAAGCAAGCACUCCUGAGCUGGAAAAAUUCCGUGGGUCCACCUUCAGAGGUGGCAGAGUGUUGGGAAAUGCUGAAGGGGGCUAGUCCAGCACCAAGCCAAGCUUAUGCUGCCUAUAAAAUUUCCUUAAACAAUGUCUGUGUGGUUCGCUGGCACAAGAAUACCUAUUUGCAAAGUUUCCAGUGUCCAGAGCUUCUGCUAUCCAUUUGAGCCUCGAUUCUGGAUCCAAGAUUCUCAAUAGUUUCAAGAUCGAGUUUCUACAUAAGACUGUCAAUUGUCAUCAUAUGGUAUUCAUUUCAUAAUUUUUGCUCAUGGAGCCAGCCCUGUAAAUGUUACAGUGUCGUUGGUUAUUGAUGCAUAAUAGUGGACAUUAACAUGUAUCAGCGUAUCAACUCCAAAGAACUGGAUGAGCAUGAGGGCAUUCAAAAAUAUGUGAACUUUAUAGAAACAUUGCAUAUGAGCUUCCAUGAUUUAUGCUGGUUGGAAUUAAACAUUCCCUGGUUUUUCCAAAAGGUUUACAGGCAAAUGGCUUGAAGAAAAACAUCUUUGGUAGGCCCAGCCCAUACGUCAAGCUGUCAAUCAUGCCGUCAAGAAGACAUCUCAGGUCAUGGAAACAACAUCACGGACAGAUUGCCAAGACAUCAUCAGAAACAAACACCAUUAGUCCAAGAUGGACAAACGAGGUUGGUAUGCAGUUUGCAAGUUUGCACUUGCAAUUCAAAGGUGGUUCUUGAGUUUGAAAUACCGUUGUAAACCACCAUCCUAAAAGUUUUACAGCUACUACUGCCGGUUGUAGACAUAAAGUUCGGUAUGUCUUCAUUUUUUGCCACCUUGUUGAGGAAGCUCAAAGAAACCAUGAGGUGUAUAAAGUACGGACUUCCUUGACUGGAAAUACAUAUAUAUGUUGGCAACAAAAAUGGAGCGUCAGUAGCAAAUAGGUAACAUGAUGUAAUGAAAAUAACAAAGCAAACAAAAACAGAACAAAGGAAAAACGAAAGAAGGGAAAAAGGAGAGUGGAGGGAAAGAAGGAUAUAAGAAAGAGGGUCCUUUUUCAACUUGCUUUUUCAAAGUUUUCAAAGUUUUUAAUUUUGAAUGUCUGAGCUGAGAUUAUUGAUAAACAGAGGACCUUGGUACUGAAAUGAAAAGAGCCUCAAGGUUCUUUACUGGGGGACGAAAAAAGAACUUGCUUAUCUAAUAUUAUAGCUAUGAAUCUGGUUCCUCUAUAGUUUUUCUCCGUGUACUGUACCAUAAUUUUUGUAUCCUUUUCAGGAGUUUGUAUUCUUGGGUGGUGCAGACGACCUGUUAGAAGUCGAAGUACGGAAUAAGUUUUCUGGGACGCGGCCUGCCUUUAGCCGCUUCUUGGGGAAACUAACUGUUCCUCUGGUGGAUCUUUUUGAAUGCCAAAGAAAUAGGUCUGUACUGCUAUCUGUUACUACUGUUAUUCAUUUUGUUACCAUUAAAGUUAUGAUUGGGCUAAAUUGGUCGACUAACACAAUAUUCUCCAGCUCUAUUCUAAGUUGAUUUAUGCAUUAAAAUUCAGAUUGUAGUAAAAACGCGAAAGCUUUAAGAAGUUUCUACUCCUUAGAUAAGCAGAAGUGAAUGAGUGAAAGGAGCAUUUGUUAGCAAACAAUCGUGUGUUGAAAUGACCCUCUACAACUAAUUCCUAAAUACUUGACGACUUUUAUAGACUCGACAAUCGUUACCGAUCGAAUGAUUUUAUUUCCCAUCCGAAUCAAAUCGAAAAUUUUGCAACUCGAAACUCUUUACUCGCAAGUCAACUUAACUGAACUAUACCUUUCGGAAAUAUCACAAAUAUAUACAGGUAAUUUGAUAAUGGUAUAAAACCGUUAAUCCAAGUUAAAAUCAAUAACGUUCUUGUACAAACAAAACUUAUUAGUGGCAAAAUGAUACGUAACGUGACCGUUCGGGACGCGAUUCUACAUGGACUGGCCAAGGCUUCGUUCCCAACAAAUCGUUCACAUCGUCCCAAUCGUCCCAGUCGUCUACUCAACCUAGAUAAUUCGGCGAUGAUAGGAAAGCAAUCGUUAAGCGCAAACACAAUUUUGUUCGGACGAUUAUGGUUGCUCCGAUCGCUCCAGUUCGAGACAGUUUUACCAGGUUUGUCUUUAAUUAUAUAGUCUAUUGAACAUUAGUUGGCACGAUCGGAAAGUACGUUUGGAUUUUUUUUACUUUACACAUGUAGGUCAAGUUAUAUAUCUAUGCUUUUUGACCCUUGACAGGCCAGAAGAGGUCACUAAAUCACUUGGUAGAAGGACACCUGCAGACAGAGUACAGGGCACAAUUACACUCACCAUCACUAUUAUUGAACCAUCUAAUAAUUCAGGUAAUUACUCUGAAAUGGCAUGGACACAAAUGUUUGUAUCCUCAUGUUUGAAAAUUCCUAUUCGAAAUUUUUUUACCCCAGAAUCUCACGGUGGGUGAAUUUUCAUAAUAAUGGAAUGGAAACGGCAUUUAUGAAACGACAGGCUGACUUCCAAUUAAAGAACGUUGUGUUGAAUUAUCAUGAUAGAAACAUGCAAACGAAACUUUGACUGAAAACUCGAUGACGUAUAGUAGGUCCCUCGGUGGGUUUUGUCCUUGUAUUACUGAAUCCUGGGCCAACAGGGGCCCAAGAUCAUAUAGGUAUAUAGGCCCCCGAUCAGGACCCCUCUGAAUAACAGCCAUUUAGCCGAGAGAGCCACCCUGGCUUAAUAAAGUUUACCUUACAGUUACAUGUUUUCUUUUCAUGGAGUGAUUAUUUAGCCGACCUUAACUCUUUUUUUUUUCUUUUUUCUUUUAUUUUAUCUAGAUGCUGUUUCUGCUGAACAGGAAAAUGUUCCACCAAACGCAGCCUCUAACGGUGAAUCCAAUGGAAGCCUUCAGCAAAAUAACUUAAGAUGCACGUUAUCAAACCCAUCUCUCACGUCGUCCGCACCUAACAUUCUACAGCCUCUUACUUUGAACUCCAGCAAUGGUCUGCUGGAGACUAUCUUCCCCGUGGACCAAGCAGCAUCUCCUGUUUCUCCUCGGGGUGCUGUUGAACAGGAGAAUAACUUUGGUGAUGCUGCUCGAAGGAGAUUGGCACUACAGUCGAGACCAUUCUCCGAGAUGUACGCUGAGGAGUUUGUUCCCUUAGAUGAUAGUGACGUCACAAGAAGCCCUCAAGGAACAACCAGUGAGGGUGCCUCUAGUGGGAGUGACUUGGCGGAGGCAGAAACUCUAGAUGCCAACAGGGCUUCUGGUGGCUUAGGUAAUUCUGAUGAAGUGGUAUCUCCGGAUGAUACGAUUGAUCAAGGUCAAGUUUCUCGUGAUGGACCAGAUGACGUGGAUGCUGCGUCAGGCCAGGAGGGUGCAACAGAACUAACCUCACUAGAGAGUAGUCAAGGUGUGGAGCACCAGCCUAUGGAAAUCCCAGAAGAAGGUAAUGAAGCCAACACAUCUGAGGUGGAGAUGGCUUUCUCUGCUGCAGGACAAAGACCCAGUAUUGGAGGUAGUAUCGGAAGUAUUGAGUUGACAGACGACUCGCCACUGAGGAUCUUGGAAGAGAGUGAGAGAGUUCGCGAGGAGAGUAUCGCUCUUUCAACUGAAAAUCUUCUACAAGAUGCAACUAUUGAAUCAGAUGACGAACUUGAACAAAUGGAUACUACCGACGAGACCGUUGUUGUUGGAACAGAACAGGACAGUUCACAUAAUUCAGACUUUUCUAUGGAAGAUGUGUUGACAAGUGGGAACACAACAGAGUCAGCUUUGAUUGAAAAUAGCUCUUUAGAAAAUCAAAUGGCUGUUCGAGAAACUGAUUUGCUAGAAGAUGCCAAUAGUGUUCUCAUAGAUGAGGAGAUAGAUGAUCACGUAUUGUCACCACCGCAGGACAUUGAAGGGUCCAGCGCAUCAUCACGUGUGGCUGAGUGCUCGCCCGGCCCUUCAGUAACCGCGGUGUUGAAUGAAGUAGAGUCAGCUGCUUCUGAAGAAAACCUUCAGCUGCAGGCAGAAGGCUCCGAUAUCAACCGCGAAUCAACAUCUUCACCUUUGAGGCAACGGGAUCGUAGCCAAAGGGACGUGCCCAUGUCUCUUCUCGAGUACGUAGAAGAAAUAUUUUCAAAUGAAGCCGAAGAAGAGAGUAAUGACAGUGCAAUGAUAAUUGAGACUGCUGGGGAAAGUAGGCAAAUUAGCCCGUCACUGACCUCUUCGGCUUCCGAGUCAACUCAGCCAUCUGUUGAGGACACGGUAUCUUCUGGUUCAGAGUCUUCUACCUCAGCGAUAUCGUCAGUAACCCUUCCGGUGGAGGCUUCCGAACCUGUGUGCUUGAAUGCCACCUCACUAGAGUCUGCGUCAGCUUCGGAAAUGUUAGUGGAUUCACCCCCGGAGGCGCUGAUGCUCAACAAUGAAGGGUCUGACAGGGAUAGCGCUGUCCCACAAAGGCCCCCUCGGAGUAAGAGACUGUCGCGAUCCAGUAGCGAUCCAAGAAGUGCGCACUCAAGACAGGUUGCAGAGAGGGCACGCCUCGCUGCAAGAGCCAACCAAGGAGAGAAUUCUCUGAGGCCUUCUCGACCGUCAUUGGUUCGACGAGUCACAGAGCCAACUGCACUUUCAAGUGUGGUUGUUAAUACUGAAGUUGAGCAGACAAACACAAGUGUAUUGUCACUAUCUAAUACAACAACAGUAGUCACUCCAGUGUUAGAAGCGACCUCAGGUGUCGAGGUAUCUCCCAGUGUGUCACCCCCAGUCGUAGUGGCGGUGCCAUUAUCUCUACCUCCAUUGCGCAGUUCGUCGUCCUCUUCAAACAACGGAACCUCCCCUGUCGUUGUAGCAGAUGUUGUUGCUGAAACCCCAGCUUUGGUUACUCCGUUAUCGUCUCCAGAUUCAGUCUUGGAGGGAAAUACGGCGACCACUGUUGUUGCAGUUAGUUCUAACACAAGAGAUGGAGUGGAAUCUUCAACAUCUAGAGAGUUAUCAAGCGAGCGCGUCCUCUCUCUAAUGAACGAAAGCAGGCAGCCUUCAUCUGCUCCAUCAACAUUACAAAGGGGCAGCGUUUCUGCUGUUGCCUCCAUAUUGCCUGAUGAACCACAAGCUCAUCGCAGAACGAAUUCAUCCUCGGUAGUUUACGCAACACCAGUUACAGAGCAAAGUAGAAAUUUGCCUAGUGAGUCUAGCGCAAGCUUUCCCAGGCAGAGUAGUUCGGCAAGAGUCACACCACUUUCAGGAAAUCGAAGACGCAGCAGCGGUAGUGGAGGUGGGUAUACCGUAACGAGGGACAUCUCCGAAGAGUCGCAGUCUUUACCGCGUAGCUACGGUCAUAGUGUUUCAGAUUCAGUUUCUUCUGUUGUAGCCACCGCUAGUGCCUCAUCAAACUCAGAACAGCCCAGGUCUCGUGCAACUGAGAGAGUGAAUCCUGAGACCACUGUUAGUGCCAUGUCUUCACUUGAGUCCAGUAGCAGAUCUACCAGUGCUGUGAGUCAGUCCAGGGAAACCAUACAAUCCAUUCUCGCAGUUUAUAUUGCUAAUUCAGCGCAGAUUUCACAGGGGAGACCACCUGCUGUAAGCCAACCUGCGGCAUUCACAUCUUCUGUUACAGACGUAGACUUGGGUGAGAGGCCGACGCAAGCCAAUCGUCACAGCAGUAAUCGCCGAAGUUCUGGCAGGAGACAACAAGGAAAUUCGGUGCAUGUGUCUAUACAGGACCAACAGCAAACAAGGGAGCAGCAGGGUCGGACUGGGCAGCAAGCCCCUGAUGAGGAGGAACCUCUUCCUUCAAGUAAGACACUCGAGCUAAGUGGCCCAUACAGCUACAGAUUAGAUUUUAUUUUACCUUCUGUGUGGACCGUUGAACUAAGACAAUUUUUGUUUGUUAGAUUGGGAGAGAGGUGUGGAUUCUCAUGGAAGAGUUUAUUACAUUGACCACGUUAACAGAACAACUACUUGGAACAGACCACGAAGAAGUGAGUGUUCUUUACAUAUAUUUCUUUGGGUAUUCGAGCAAUUAUUGUUGAGAGUUGAAAGUGAUUCAAAAUUACAUUGGUUUUGCGUUGCAUCACUUUGUGAUUGGUCCAGAAGAAUUGCACCGCUUUCUCAACCAAUCAGAUGCAAAACUUAAACCAAGUCUGAAUUGGUCAGACAUGUUUUCCGCGCUUCGCGAAACUUGUUUGCCUCAACAAUUAGUUCUCAUUAGCUCUUAGUAAUAUUGUCCUUUCUUGCGACUGGCUGUUCUGAUAACCAUUGUUUUGGUUUUGUAUUUUUAUUAUUCGAAAACCGCUCUGUUAAUGUCCAAAUCCAUCCAAAGCGUUUUGCGAAGAAAUAUAGUUGUUUGUAUUUUAUACGCGGGCAUUCGAAGUUUACUGAGCAAAGGAGGGAGGAGGAGAGAGGGGGAGGGAGGGGGAGGGAGGGGGGUAAUCUGUUCCGUUCAGGAGAACUGACAGUUUUCUUAUUGGCGUUAUCCUGCAAAACCUUGGCCGGGAUAAGGUUGUGUAAGAUACAUGUAAUUAUUGGCCUAAAAAUCUUUUUUUAUUAUUAUUUUUUAGAUUCACCAAGAAGUGAAUCAAACAUGAAUGACAUGAACACGCAUUGGCAAAGCUUGGAUAGAAGGUGAAAUUCACUGGUUUUCUUGGUGUGCUGAAUUCAAGGUUCCCUCAGUUGUUGUUGUCAAUCAUGUGAUUCAUUUACACAUGAAAAGAACUUUGAACUGUUGUCGAAUUAUUCGAAUAUUAAACUUUUUUAAAUUCAAUUCAGCCUGUUGUAUCAAGCGGAAACGGAAUAAAUUCCUUACACCUCCGGUUGCCUUGAUAAACAUUCAGCUAAUCUUAUCGAAAGGUGGUGUUUGACUUUAAAUUGCUCUCCUUUCUGUCAGAUAUCAAAGCUUUCGCCGCACGCUUCGUGGUCGUAGCAGCCGUCAUUCACGGCCACCUUUACCUAUAGAUAACAACAGAGCGAGUCAAACAACAGGUGAGUCGAGCGCCAAUACCAGCUCGGAAACUGGUGCAGCUUCCACGAGACCUGCACAGCCACCUGCAACGCCGUCCCCUUCGUCACCAAUGCCUUCUUCCUCGACAGAAUCACCUUCCUCCACGCCGCCCUCUUCGUCUGCUAGCUCCUCCACCCCUUUACCGUCGACCUCAUCCACUCCAAAUUCGACACCGUCUACUUCCACGCCGUCGACGUCUUCUGCGCCGUCUAGUUCGUCGGCGUCUUCAAGAAGCACUAAUUAUGUUCAAAUUCCUGCGGUGAAGUUCCUCACGAGACAUGAUUUGAUAGACUUUCUCAAGAGUAAAGGAGUAUGUACAUGUAUUUAGUAUGCUGAGUUGUGUUACCGGUUCUUUUAAGAAGCCAUAAUAUACCGUAAUAGUUAUAUCAGGUGUAGAACCCGCGAUGCACCAUACUAUUUCAUGUGUAUUACGAUGGAGACGAGACAAAUGGUGAGCAACUUCCUUCGUCGCUCGACACGGGCGCGCUGGGCCUCACACUUUCACGCCAAUCGUGACGAUUUUGUUUUAAAAAUUUUCUCAGAUCACAUCCAGCUAUCAAAAGUGUUUAAAUCCUCCCUACUUUAGCCAGCAAAGAGGCGAGAUAAAUCGGGCCUUGUCGUGAUCUUAGUGAUGGGUGUCUGAAAUCGCCCUAAGAGGAAUGUUAGCGUAGAUAAUCGUCGAUUUCUCUCAUAUCCGCGAGAUGGCCUAUCGUAUGAAUUCGCCCUCGAGUGCUGUUUUACUGUCUCUGUAUAAACUCUUUGUGUGAUAGGAAGUGUUAAAUUAGAAUUUCUAGUAUCGUUUGCGGUGAACGUAAUGAAAUAGCAUCUCACAACAGAAAUAGAGCAUUUAUAUGGACAUUAGUACGGUAGAAAUAUCCAGUUAUCGUCAUGUGAGAUUUGCGUCUUUGUUUUUCAGCUUGCGGGCCAUUACUAUUUCCAGAGCCAGAUGUUAAAGCUAAUAGUUUCAAAGAUCAGAAGCGAACCAAGUCAGUUUGAGAGGUAAUUAAUUUACCAAAAUUUAUAUAAUUAUAAAUGUUUAGCCAAAUUUGUAUCCUCCCAGUCACUUUUGUAUAUUUGAUUUUCAUUCCAAAACAAUUGUGUUUCUUUCUUUCAAGAUAUCGUCACCAAGUCGAGCUUGUCAGGUUUUUGAAUCAGUUUGCUGAUCCUCAGAUGGACAUGCCUCCCGGCUGGGAUAAAAAAGUCGAUCAGGCUGGACGGGUAUGUGUAAGGAGAGUAUUUUUAACGCUUAAAUCGAAUGGGAGAUACGGUAGCGUAGUGGUUAUCGCGCAGGAUUCUGGAUCGAAGGGUUUGGGUUCCAGUCCUCGGGUCACUGUAUUAUAUUCUUUACAACAUUUUGCCUCUUUCCACCGAGGGCCUAUUUGUUUCAGAGAAGGAUAAAUCGCUACCCAUUGGAUAAGUGUUAACAAAGCGUAUUUCACUGUCCGACGGAUAGAAACGUGUCCUGUGGAUAGCGUUAUCCUCCCUUUGAAAACCCGGGCCGUACAUGGAUACAAAAAGAACCUGAUAGGGAAAAUUAAUUCAUUUCAGGGGAAGUUACGUAUGAUUGAUUAGACAUCCAUCCAGGAAAAUAACAACUGCGGCGUCCGUUUCAUGCUCAGAAAUGCUGAUAAUUUGUAGUGGGGAUGAAAAUCUAGACUCGUUAAACGUGAUCUCUUGUGAACACGUAUUUGGAAGUCAGAAAAUUGUAAACACUUUCCAUUUCCUUUUGAUAAGUCAAGUAUGGUCAGUUAGAAAGAGGUUCACGCAUUGUGAAAAAAGAAACAAAAACUCAAACCAAACAUAGUUUGUCAAUGCCAUUUGCAGUUUAUUUUUCUUGUGCUCAGUAACCUUUUUUGGCGAGUCACAAUAACAUUCUCAAAAAAUUCUGAUAAUUGAGUUUUCUUAAUUUCACAAUAGAGAAGUGACAUGAAUGUAGAAAGUAUAUUUUCAAUUCGAAGUCGCCAAUUAUGAUACAUUGAUAUUAACGCUAGUGAUAAUAAAAAUAUUGACAAUACUGCUUAAGAUAAGGAUGAUAGUAACAUUAAUUCUAGCGUGGCCUUUGCUGUAAAUUAUCAUAAAAUUGUAAAGCUGAUGAAACUAAAGAUUUUGAAAGUUUUUUUGAGCAUUUUGUUUCUCCUGUAUUCAGCUUUAUUUUAUUGACCACAAUUCACGGACUACAACUUUUAUUGAUCCGCGACUUCCCGUGGAAGAAACCCUGCCCAGGAGAAACCGCUCUGAAACUGAGGUAUGCUGCUUUGUUGAUGACAUAUUUAACCUUUCCUGUGGUAUUUCGUUGGAGAAAUAUUAGCCAUGGUUGUUACUGGUCUGGAAAGAGCCCGGGAAUAACUAAUUUUUUCAUAAACAGGAAGUAGUCAGGAAAUUUCACUUUGAACCAGGGAAAAUUUAUGACUUAGAAAGAAGUCAGGGAAAGUGUAAUUUUUUAUGAGUAAAUAUGAAGUCCUCCCCUUGUCUUGACUCAGGUGGUGACACUUUCCCUUGGUCACUUUUGUACAUUGUUUAGUACAGUCGAUGGAUUCCUAACCAGCGAAUCCUUUCUCUUUGUAAUGCAAGUUCAAGUUGGUUUGCGAAUGAAAUCAUACAUUUUCUUUUUCUUCUAUUUUCGUUUUUCUUUAACAUUAUAAAUCAUUCGGUGUAAUUCACGGACAUGAAAGGUGCUGGAUUGGUAGAAUAUCGGUAAAUGAAACCGAACGACGGGCUGAUUUUGGGUUUCCAAGAAAAGCAAUCUUUUUUUCUAAGUCAUCUUUGAGGAACUAUCAGUUCUUGUACACUGAAAGUGUGUUGCUUAAAGCAUACAUUUAUAAGUGGGAAAGAUAGCUGUGAGAGCAGUUUGGAGGCCAUUAUCGGGACUCGUUUUCUGAAAUUCAGUUUGCCCGGAAAAUUUUACGAUUGUCAGGAAAAAGUAAGGGAAUUUUAAAACCAUGUCAGCUUAAAUCACGAAAAGAAAUCGGGAUCCUAUUUUGACAACGUAAUUGUUAGUUUAUCACAGUCAAUCAACAACCGCUCUCACAAAUUUAUGAUCGAAGACACUUCACCAACUACCUCACGUUAACGUUGUGUUCCGUCUUCUUACAGCCUCGACGCGCGCGCGUUCCUCCACCCAGGCCUCCGCCACCAAUAGCGCCAGCACGACAAAGCAGCCUUUCAACGCCAAUGAGUAAGUAGUCACGUUGUUAAAGAUCACGUGGUAAAAUCACGUUAUAAAAGUAGAAUUUGGUGUCUGAUCAAGACAAAAACUUCUACUUGAUAAAUUUGAGUAUUCUCAUUACCUGUUUGCGGGACAUUGUAAAGAUAUUUUAGGGAGAAGUUACUUGUUGAUCCUGUGUGGGAGUGCAAAUAUUUGACCUUUUUUAUCUGCAGUCAUACCUGGUGACUUUAUUUUGUUUUUCAUUUACGUAGCUUACAACCAACAAGUUGUUGCAUUCUUGUCCCAACCAAACAUCGAUGAUAUUCUCAAAACCAAGUACCAGGGAUAUGCUAGAAGCCCCACUCUAAAGUGAGUACUUUAUGUAGGAUGUCUCAAUCAUUCUUUGCCUUAAUGGCUGUUUGGUCAUAACUUAAUGAUAUUUUUUUUUUUUCAGAGCUAAUGUAAGAAAAGUACAGUCUGAGGGAGAGAGGGCCUUGACACGACUUUCCAACAAUCUCGACUUCAUAAUGUUGCUUAGGUAAUUUGAUUUGAAAGUACACAGCAAAUGAUGAGGACAUUAAGGUAUUCCAAGAGAUGGAGUCUGAAAAUUAUGUCGAGCGCAAAAUAUUUCUUAUAUAGAUGAAUGUUUAUUUCCGACCGGAUCGGAAAAAUAGUACAAACUAAUGGAGAUAUAAGCAAACACAGAUAAAGAUAAUGAAAAGAGAAAUAGAUUCGAGCCCAGGUGAAUAAAGGGUGGAUAACGCUAUCCAACCCUUGAAUAACUGGGACCUGGUCAAAAAGGUACAAAAUUAUUCCCAAAAACGUCCUCUAUAUUCAUUGGAAUUUAAAGAGCGAUGCAGAACGUUAAGAUACGCGCAGUGAAAGUUGUUUCGAUGUUUGUGUCUUUUUUUCCCGUGGUACUCUACUUUUUCUAACCUUUGAAAUUGGCUACAUGGAGUUUCAUCGAUGCAGAGGACCAGCUUAUAGCUUGCGUGGGGGUCUCUGGGUGGCUUGGUUCGGUUUUGUAUCGUAACUGGGCCAUUAUAUAAGGACCUUUCCACACCAAGGGGGUUUAAAGAGGUACUAUGAAACUGUUAAAGCAACAUAAUGAAAUGCAGAUGACAGUUAGUUUAGCCUCUCAGCUUGUGUUUAGACUAUUUCUUUGUUUAUUAAAUUACAUGCCUUCUUAGAAUUUUCCACUUACGUUAUAGUGUGAUGGAAGAGAGCAUUGUCGCGUAUGUCCCCCCAGAUGUCGAACAAACAUCUGAACCUACCCCCCAGCCUUCGUCUUCGCGUCACGUGCCUAGUCAGGCCACUCCCGGAACUCGGUCAAGAGCCAACACGGACAGUUCACUAAAAGGAGCAAUCAGUGAUUCCACUGCCAGUUCCAGUCCCGCUCCGUACAAACGUGACUUUGAGGCUAAAGUUCGCUCGUUUCAUCGUCAGCUCUACCACAAGGGUUUUGGACAAGGACCCAAUAAAGUCAAGUAAGUUAUUUGGACAAGACUGGUACACCAUUUGCUGAAAAUGAUUUGAACUCGGUAAACCCUUCUGAACAACAUAAAGAGGAAAAAACAUAGCAAAUUUAAUUGAACUCAAUUCUCAAUAUUCAAACCCUUGGAGCCCUAAUAUUAGGAUGCAUUUUCCCCAUACUGAUUUCUAAAAAUCCCCUAUGGUAUUCACAAGGAUAUUUAUUUGCAAGGAAAAGCUUCUUAAGUGAUCGAUCAUUUCCUUUAUUAAUCCUUCUUAAUUCGAAAUGCGCCAAGAGCUGCUUUGUGGGCUUGCCAUGCCCUAAAUCCAAUUUACGGUCUAAUUUUAAGAAUUAAGUUAAUUUACUAGUUUUAAGAAUUGAUAUGUCCCCUUUUUUCCAUGCAGAUUAAGUAUACGAAGGGACCAUAUUUUAGAGGACGCUUAUGAUCAAAUCAUGAAAGAGCCUGCCAGAGCGCUCCAUAGGAACCGCUUGGAGAUCCAGUUCGCUGGAGAGGAAGGGUAAGAACUUAUCCUCACAUUGUUUGCGGUGCAAACAACUGGAGUUGUACUUGUUUUAUUGCGAUUUUUUUGGUUUGCUUUGGUAGUUGUUACCAAGCAGUAGGUGUGGUAAGCUAAUAUGGAAAGUGUUAGUUGCUAAAUCACGGGAGAAACUUGCAGCCAAAGUAUUGAAGAAAGGACUAACAAGUAAUGAGCUUUUCUGGUUGAAUUUUCGAGUAUACACAAAGAUUCCAUGCCAGCUAUUUUAGGGCAACUGAGCAACGUGAUGCUGACAAAACUACGAUGGACUUGUGUAUUAGCUUUCCAUCUGGUUUUUAAGAAAUCGCUUCUAAGUGCAACAUGUUAGACAGCUAAAGCAAAGUAAUCAAUUAUUAUUAUUAUUAUUGUUGUUAUUAAUAUGAUUUUUUGUUACCAUUUACUUAGCGGUUGAGUGUCGGUUAUUCACUGUAUUUUUUAAUUAUCUAUCUCUUGUGGAACAGAGUUUCCUAAGUUUGUGGGAUGUGGCAAGUUUUCUGUUUUGCAUUCGAGACAAAUCUUCUGCUACGCUGCCUCAUCAACAUACAACCCCUGGUUAUUUUCAAUGCUAUAAUAAAAAGAAAUUGUGCUAUAUCAGUAGCAAUAUGCAGUCUUAACUGCCUAUUUUCUUUAUUUUCCUAUUCAGCUUGGAUUAUGGUGGACCAGCGAGGGAAUUCUUUUUUCUUUUGUCCCGUCAAGUAUUUAACCCAUAUUAUGGUCUGUUUGAGUACUCUGCUAACGACACGUACACUGUUCAAGUUAGCCCAGUAUCACAAUAUGUGGACAACUCACACGAAUGGUGAGUAGCGUUGAUUUUUUUUUCUGUGAUUGUGCAUACGCGAGUUUUGAAGGGGCAUUUCGCUUUAGUUCAACUCGUUUCGAGUUUUUCUUCUUCUUGUAAAUUCUCGUCAAUUAGACAGGAGCCUGUAAAUAGUUGUUGGCCAGAGGAGACGCAAAGGCGGUGCAAUAGGGUGGGGCAGCCCUUCCAAACGAAAAUUUGGACCGGGAAGUCCCCCGCACGCCUCCGCACUUUUCAGAGCGGAAAUAUCGCUUACUCAGCGUAUAAAAUUGACGGGGCAAAAUAUUCGGUCUCUUGAUCUAUUCACAAAUCGUUUCUGUAGCAACACGCUUGGAGAAACAAUGCAUUGUAGGACUGUUUCUGCCUUGUCACAAAUUGAUUGUGGACACACCAAAGAUUAUUCAGAUUGCAAAGAGGCCUUGCGUGCACAAGUGGGGCCAUGCAAUAGGCUUCGUGUUAAGUGAGACCCCCACCCUCCUGUCGACAUGCCCGUAACCUCGGGGAUUAAAGGGUUAUCUCAACCAAAUUGCGCGAACAUUGUUUUAUAGUCAUAGGACUUUGUUUGAUUUCGAGAAACGAAGUGCCUUGCUUUUCUCCUUUAUAAUAUGUGGUGAUAAUACAAGGCCUUUUGAGGGCACACGCACAAACUUUCAGAUACAUGCCUCCGAAUACCGUUAACUACAAAACUCAUCAAUAAGGUAUUACUCUAGCAUCUGAGGUAAAAGAGCCUUUGUUUUUAGGUACCGUUUCUGUGGGCGAAUUAUUGCUCUUGUCAUCAUACAUCAGCACCUGUUGGAUGCAUUUUUCACCAGACCCUUUUACAAGGCCUUGCUGAGAAGGUUAGUAAUGAUAGUAUCUUUAACAUUGGCUUGAUAGCCGGGAUUGGCCAGGUAUUGGGAACGCUGUUUGAAGAAAUUCUGCUCGGUUACCGUGAUGGACUAGGCACAGCCUUGCAUUCUCGUCUCGCCACACAAAGGAAAUUUUCCAUCCCGGUCACCGAAAUCAGGAUUGCAAAAUCCAAGAUCUUUUAACCUCUUUACCCCUCCUGAUCAUACAAUUACGUCGUGAAUUUUACCAGGAAAGAUCUUGGAAUGAAUGGACACCUGUUUCCGUGUGUCUGUCAUUUACUGAUUGAUCUAUAGUGGGUUUCUUUAGAGAGGAUUUGUUAAAGAUUGAAUGGGUUCAAUUAUUUCCAAUAAGAGAAUAUGCGGUGAAUUAGUUGGUGGUUCGAGCGACUCUGGAAAGCGAGGUGUGGUUCGGUAAGGUCAUGCUGUUGUGUUCUCGGGUGAAUUGAUACAAUGGUAAACCACCAAGAAAAUGUGAAAAUUCGAGGAGGGGGUGGGGACUAUCUUAAUUUACUCAUAGUCGCGUCUUACCACAGAAACUUGGAUAAACUCCGUUUUGCUGUGCCACGAGUAGAUUAAACUCGACAAAAUCUCCUUGCCGAGUCGAGGUGAAAUUGUUUUAUUUAUCACGCUCUUCACUUCUGUGAAAGUGUUCCCACUGUAUUUAAUUGUGUUUUUUUAGCCCGUGUGAUCUCAGUGACGUCGAAGCGAUGGACUCGCUCUUCCAUCAGAGCAUGACAUGGGUGAUGGAGAAUGAUAUCAGUGGAGCUCUGGAUUUGUCGUUCACUGUCAGUGAGGAGAUUUUUGGGCAGGUAAAGACAAACUCAAUUUCCUUCCGGAAGUUUUCAACUCUAUGAAGCGAAUCAAAAGCGACUUUUUUUGCUUAAUUAGAGAGAGAGAGUGGCCUGGUGUUUCGCGCGGUAGAUUUCAAAUAGAGUGGUCUGGAUUGGAGUCACCGUAACUCUGCGGACUUGUUAUAGUGAUGAUCGUAACUGAAAAAGUAACACAUCCGUUUCGUCGUCUGAUAUAGUAGGCUUUUUGCCUGAGUAUCAAAACUAUUGGUAUCUUAAUCUUAAACGUAAACAAAAGCAAACGUAAAGCAGCCGUUAGGGACGAAUUAAUUCCGGAAGUUCGAGAAACGGGUGGUUGUUCGACCAUAUUUUCACGUCUGAUGGAGGCUUUUUUUAAGGCGUUCUACGCGUUUUAUCCUUCUAAGAAUUUGUUUGUGUGUAUGUUUUUUCAGGUAACCGAACGAGAACUUGUUCCAGAUGGUAAGAACAUUGAAGUGACAGAAAGCAAUAAACACGAAUACGUGGAGCAGAUGGUCAGGUGGCGGGUGGAACGUGGAGUUGCGGAACAAACAGAAAGCAUUGUGAACGGAUUUAAUGAGGUAUGGAACCGCGAUAUUUAGAGCACAGCGGAAUCAUGAUUUCUCGAACUUUCGGUUUCUUGAAACACUCCAUAUUUGCUUUUGAUGAUUCAAACCAAUUCCCUAUUCCCCGGGAGGUUCGUUUUACUGGUUUUCUGUGGUCGCACUUUCUAAAUUGGUGUGCUGAACAAAAAGAAUUGAGUGCGUUUAAGUUUUUUUCCAGGGAAAUUUUAGCUAUCUACAAGGGCAGAAAAUCUCCCCUUAAGGCAUAAAAACUCGCCAAUCAGCGACAUGUUAUUUGUACUUUAGAUCAUAUACACUAUGAUUAUCGCAUGUUUGAUUACCCUUUUUUCCGGAUGAAUCAUGACAUGCCGUCAUUUUUUCCCGAAGGUGUUGGAUGCUAACUUGGUCAAUCUCUUCGAUGCGCGGGAACUGGAACUAGUUAUCUCAGGGACGGCUGAUAUCGACAUUGAAGACUGGAGAAAGAACACUGAAUAUCGCUCAGGUAAAUAAAAGAGUCAAAUCACCAUCACCACCCAGAGACCAGUUACCGAAUUGUCUACUUGAUGAGGAAAAAUGUCAAUCCCUCCCCAAUGUCAAUUAGUUGUAAAAAUUAUCACCCUGAUUUUAGUUUUUGAUGAAAACUCUACAUUCAUCGGGUGCUUACUUCAAAAUUAGGCUAAGACGGUGGGCAGUUACUGGAGGGAAGGCGCUCAGUCGAGAAAUGAACAUGAUGGCACUAUAAUGGCAGAGGUUUCAAUAACUUUUUCCGUAAACGGCAGUUGAUGUUGUAAUAGACGGCUGUACCGUAAGACGAAACCCAAACACGAGUGUCUGCUCGCAAACUGAACAGACGGCGGUAAUGCGUCGAUCAAUUCCACGCUUCAGUACCGAAACUCGUCGGGAAGUUGAACUUUUUAAGUUUGGUUCGUCCAAAUUGUCGCCCCCUCGGGUCAUAAUUGUGUUUAAAUGCCCCACCCAAGGGUACGGAUUUGAUGGCCACUGUUUUUGUAAAAAGGCUAAGUUCAGCGAUCUUGAUUUUCUUGUAAAACUUUUCUUCUGAGUCAUCUGCUUGCUAAGGUGAUCUCCUUACUUUUUAACACCUCCAUAUUAAAAGAUAAAACGUGUAUUCCGCUCGUAAGACUUGACAGUUCCGGUUCUAAUUCCCCAUUUCACCCAAGUAAAUUCACGCCCAAAAAUCACACCCUCCCUGGGACAGUCAAUUGCCUAUGGGUUGCCGGGGGGUUGUUGAAGCUUCGAAUUGGUCGGCGCAGUCGAUAACUGGCUUUUGAUGAAACUCCUGAUAAUGAUUGGUAUGAAAUGAUUACGGGCUGUUGUCAAACAUAAUUAAAAAAAGAUUAGUGAUCAUAAAGUGUUGUUAAUGCUACAUAAGUUAAUCAUUCUUUACACAACUGCUUUCGACGAAAAUAUGGUUUUUUUUUUUUCCGGAUGUCUUGCAUGGAUCACACCUGAUUGUUCACAUUUAGAUGUUACUUAUUUACGUUUCAGGUUACCAUGGUAAUCACAAGGUGGUAAAAUGGUUCUGGAAGGUAGUUCGAUCUUUUGAUAAUGAACAGAGGUUAAGGCUCUUACAGGUUGGUACAAAAAAUUAAGUUUUGUUAUAUGAUUUGAAACUCAUUCUUUUACGAGUCGCUUAAUUACUUCAUUUGAUGUUCGUUAUCGCCAUACUGUGCUGGCAUAAAUCUAACUUUCUCCUCAGGCUGAGGGUUAGGGUUAGAGUUAGAUCAGGGAUCAGUUCCCGACGACUCUAGAUUUUUUCUAUCUACGUGAUUUUCAAAAUCGUUAUAAUGGCCAACCGUCACUGAUGAUCGAGAAACAUCGGAAGUUUUUCUGCCUCCCUGACAUGUUGCUCUUUUUAACGAUGGUAGGCAAAUAUUUUAAAUUUUUCAUGUCUUUACUGUCGAGAAAAUUCUAAAUUAUGUGAGAUUUUUUCGAUGUACGACGCAGAAACCAAAAAUAACAGUCUGUAAUCCGCGCUAAAACUCUAAGCACUUCUGUCAAAUCCAUUAAUCUAUUUUAUGUAGGACUUUUGUUACCAGGAAUUUCUGUCGCGACCGUUUUUUUGUUUCAGUUUUUUGUUUUUCUACAAUGUAAUAUUUGUUCCUCAGGGAGGAGCUAAUAGACUAAGACUGAGCCGUUGAUCUGUCCUAACUGAGCUCUUUCUUAGUUUUAUCUGUCUUUAACUGUUUUAUAUGCUUUCCUAGGGCAUGGUAGCAGAUAAACUCAGACAUCUGAAUGACCCUUCAAAAAAAAAUGUCAAGGGUUGUUGCAAGAUUUUACAUAUUUGAUGAUUAUACGCUAAUAUUCUUACACUUGAAGCUUACCAGACUAUUUGGCGCUACGGUUAAGCUUUUGUCGGCACUCCGACUAACGAGACAAAAGAAAAAUUUGAGAAAAAUUCUUGAAGUAAUUUCUGCGUCUGCUGGCAGCUCCGUUCUAAGGGUCUUCAUAUCGUAUUAUGUUCUUACUAAGAGGUGUAUUCUUUUCGUACUGCAGUUUGUAACAGGUACCUCUAGUAUCCCCUACGAGGGUUUUGCUGCUCUGAGAGGUAGCACAGGACCAAGGAAGUUUUGCAUUGAGAGAUGGGGAGAUUAUACAAAACUACCAAGGUACGUUCAAACUUGGUAUAUUUUUAAUGAAUGAGUCUUGAAAAAUAAGGGCUUAGUUUUUGCAGUCACUCAUUUGAAAUCCCGUCCAAUCUUUUCCUUCCUUACCCAUUCUCGUUCCAUUUGAUUUUUAUGUUCCUAUUGUGGUAUUUUUCCCUCUUGCCACAUUAAUAUUUCAUGAUAUCUAUUAAGUUUUUUUCUCCUUCCCCACCCAUAUCAGGCAGGUUGGGCAUGCACAAGGCUAACGUUAAGGGUGAAUCGUGCGCGUAGCCCGCCCCUCGCGCUCGCUUCGUGCGUGUGUUUGUGUGACUGAAAAACGCGAAAAAUGAAUCGUAAUGAUUUCAGAGUAACGCCCGUUCUGUAGGGCACCGGUCUUACUGCCAUUACUUAUCUACUAUUUUGUUCUUUUCUGACAGGGCUCAUACCUGUUUUAACCGGUUGGAUCUCCCACUGUAUCGAACGUAUGAAGAACUCCAUGAGAAGCUCACUUUCGCUGUAGAGGAAUCGGAAACCUUUUCAAUGCAGUGAUCUGUCAGUCAAACUUGUUUUAAGACAAAAAGUCUGAUUGGACAUGUUAAAACUGGCAAGUCGUAGCGACAAUUCCCCAUGUGUAUCAUGUAGAAUGUUUGUGAAAAGCUUUGUUCCUGCUGUGGUGAGAAAAUUGUCCCGGAAAUAAGUUACACAAAAUCCAAAUUGGUCUGAAAAUGAUUCUCAACGUCUGGCUACAGAAGCAUUUUACGCAAAGUGAAUUGUCGCCUUAUGACUGUCGAGAAAUGAACGACGCUCUUUAAGUGAUGAUAGAAAAUAUAGAACAAAUUCUGUUCUCACAGCAAGUUAGAGCACUGUCGUCGGGGAGGGUAGAAAGAGGACUUAGGAGGCAAAAUUCAUCUUUGCGUCAAUUUACGACGGAGAAUUUUUGAAUGGUAGUUGGGCUCCAAUUUCCGGUGUAUUAGAGACUCCAAAGAGAAACAGGCGAAAAUUCGUACAUGAAUUUACAAAAUUUUGGUUAAAUUUGUAUGUUAGGGUAAAUUUGCUUGUAUUGGUGAAUUACUGUUCUUCCUAAAUUUUUUCCCCGGUUUUCUAUGAUCAUUUUUGCUUGCUUUUGCACAGAGACAGGGAUGAAAAAGAACACAUAAAGGGAAAAAACAAGUAGAGUUUUAAGGACAAUUUCUUGCUUUCGAGGGAGGAACGUGACUCAACAUGAUGGGAUAUAAAAUUUAGACAUUUAAUGGCUCUUCUCUAAAAGGGAAAAAUGCUGAAAAGCCUUACUUUGGUCGUCAUCUUGUGUCCAUUUUCGCUCAUACGCAUAGCGAAGUGCUGCUGAUUUGCAAAUUUCCAAAUGUACUAAAAGAGAUGACACUUAAAGUUAGUAGAUUAAAAGAGUAUAAAGAAUUGAGAAUUGAAUUUUUCUACGCGAGGUGGUAUUGAUUAAUACUUAUCCAAUAGUCUUAGUGAUAUUAUGGAAGCUUUUAAUCCCGUAAUGUUACGUGGAAAAUUAGGGAGUGACUCCAAAAUAGAUUAAUACUCCUGCGUGUAGGAAGUACUUUGUGUAAGCCUGGCUAUUCAAAGAGCCAUUUCCGGCCAAGCUCGCAUCUUUCUUCUUGCGCAGCUUAUGAUCGGCGUUUAUCGAUCGGAUUAUUCGCUAUUUAUGGCGACAAAAUUUCCUCACCGGUUGUGGCCGCCUUACCAAGUGGAUUAAGCUACCAGAGCUUAUCACUUUAUUAGACAACAUUCUUGCAAUAGUUUUGUUUUGUGAAUUCAGAUCUGGCGAGUGCUCAUAUCUGCAUUGAUGAGGAGGGUAACGAGUAUAUUUGUGUUUCGAAGGGGGAAGAGGCGGGGCUUGGAGGAAUAGUAUUAAUUCGAUAAUUAUUAUCCACAGGUUAAUGCUGAAAAUUGUUUUUGUACAGGAAUUAUCUAAUAAUACUUCGAAAUAUGUUCUUUCGUAUGACCAGACGUUUUAACUGUAGGUUUGUUGUGUCGCCCCAAUAAUUGUGUUAGUUUGGGCCACGACAAUUUGAACGACAAAAGAGAAAAUUGGAAAAGGAAAAGUUUACUUGAGUUGCGCAUGUAGACAUAUGAUAAUUCGAAAAAGAUUUUCAAAAUUGUGAAUUGCUGAAUUAACUGUAAUGCAAAGAUAAAUUAUCAAAGCUGAUGCAGAUAUAGAAUAUUUCCUCCUUACGAGGAAUGCAUAGAUCGUGUGAGUCACGCAACAAGAAGAGGUUUAAGUGAUGACGAUGUUUCUAAGUGAGUUCUGAUGUGAUAUUUGUGAAGUAGGCCUUCAGCCUAAUAGGGUAUUUAUUAUUAUUUUUUACACUUCCAAAGUUUCCGUUUGCAGCCUAAUUUGUAUGUAUGAGGCAAUUGAAAAAUAGUGCUUGUUUUAUUGUGCAGUUUUAUAAUAAAAGUUCCUAG